CCCGAAUUCGCGCCCUCUGUUCUGCUCCUUCUCCGCCGCUGCAGCUCCUCCGUCGGUGCUCGGAUCAUUCGCCUCUCUUCCGCUCCUAAAAGAAAGUAAACACAAGAAAGAUUUCUUUGAAGAUAAGAUCAAAGUGUUUCUACUAGAGGAAUCAUCGUAAGAUCUGCCCAUUCUCCUGUAUCGUCUUCCAUGAGAGAGAGAGAAGGCGAAUUUAUAAGGCGGUAAUCUUAGGUCAGUAUUUUUAAAUUUCUUUUCUUCUAUCUUUGUCGUAAAAUUUAUCUCUGUUUUUGUUUGUAUAAUUUAUGGUGUUAAUCGAAUAUGGAUAAUUGGUUCCUUUAAAUUGAAUGUUACAUUGUUGCUUGCUAGUUUUGAGUUAUUGAUUGAUGUUUCUUUUUCUUCUGUGAAUUCCCACCACUUCGAUUCAUUCAAAGAAGGAUAAACACAAUCGUUCAUAUAACAAGCCUCAACUCCUCCCUCUUCCUCUCUAUUCAUGAAACUCAAAAGAAGCGUCAUUGAUAGCCAAUGACGUUCCCAAUCCACGAACAAAAUUGAACGAUAACAAAUGUCUUGUAGAACGAAGCAGACCGAGAUGAAGUGAAUGGUAGUGAAGUGAGAGGACUAUCGGAGGUGAAUUUAGUAGAUAGGCGGAUAUAUAACUCUCAAAAUAUAAGAAUCGACCAUAAGCCUCAGAUUUGGCACGACAUAUAUUACCAUUUGUGUCGUCUCUUUAAUGAAUGAGACGACAAAGAAAAAAAAAUUGUGGCGGACGGAGGUGGUAAAAGUUCGUCGGCGAUCGAGAAAUGGUUUUCCUGAGCUGUCACGUGAUAGAGACUUGUCUAGCGGGCGUGAUAGGCUUGUCGUAAGCGUCGGGGUCGGACGUGGUCCCGCCAACCUUCUAUCUCCGUUUCUCUCGGAAUACAUCGUUAUCGUUUUUAUCGUGUUUGACUGAAAGAGGUCUCCAAAUACCAGACAGCCGCCACCGUCAAUCAAUAACAUUUCAAUUGCUCAGCCAUGUAACUUCCAUUAAACAAUCAAAGACUCGAUCAAGAAUUCUCCAACCUAGUCGAGUUCCAUCAUUUCUUCUUUCAUUACUGACUUGAUCACUUCAUAAGUCUCAAAAAAUUUCAUCUUUUGGGACUGACACAUCUCCAUACACCAUUGUUAGAUUCAAUCACUCUAUUGAUGCCACAUUGCUAUAUUGAAUAUCGAGCAACGAUCGACUCAUAUUCUUUCUCUGCACAUAAAUUAUGGUCUAAUGUCUAAGAAUGUUCAUUUAUUGUACCUACUCCAUGAGUGGAUGGAAAGUUACCUUUGUGCAAUCAUGAUAGGUGGACUAUAUGGUCAUUAACCUGCCUGUAUGUGUCAACCAAGUUUGUGAAAAUCGGACCGGACAAUGAACUGGAAGUAAGAGAGGUUCGUUAUUUGAUAGAUUUUAUCCGUCGAACCAAGGUUGAAUCAGAUGAUAUUAAAAUAAUAAUAUUAUUAAAAAUUAAUAAAAUUAAUAUAAUAAUUAUGAUAGUCUAAUCUUAAACCUCUUAAUUCUAAGAUUUAAACUCCGUAAUUUAUAUAAUUCUAAGAAUUUAAACUUCAUAAUUUAUUUAUUAUAUUAAUUUUAUUAAUUUUUAAUAAUAUUAUUAUUUUAAUGUCAUCCGAUUCGACCUUGGUUUGACGGAUCAUACCGAUCAAAUAAUGAACCUCUCUUACUUCCGGUUCAUUGUCCUAUCAGAUUUUCACAAACUUGGUUAGCACAUACAGGUAGGUUGACGACCAUAUAGUACACCUAUCCUGAUUGCACAAAGACAACUUUCCAUCCACUCAUGGAGUAGGUACAAUAAAUGAACAUUCUUAGAAUUUAGACCAUAAUUUAUGUGCAGAGAAAGAAUACGAGUCGAUCGUUGCUCGAUACUCAAUGUAGUUAUGUGACAUCAAUAGAGGGAUUGAAUCUAACAAUGGUGUAUGGAGAUGUGUUAGUACCAAAAGAUGAAAUUUUUUGGGACUCAGAAAGUGAUCAAGUUAGUAAUGGAGGAAGAAAUGGUGGAACUCGACUGGGUUGGAGAAUUCUUGAUUGAGUCUUUGAUUGUUCAAUGGAUGUUACACAGUUAAGCAAUUCAAAUGAUAUUGAUUGACGAUGGCGGCUAUUUGAUAUUUGGAGACCUCUUUUUGUCAGACAUGAUAAAUGCAAUAACGACGAAUUCCGAGAGAGAUAGAUAGAGAAGGUUGGCGGGACCACACCCGACCCCGACGCUCACAGCAAGCCUACCACGCCCACUAGACAAGUCUCUACAACGUGACAGCUCAGGAAAACCAUCUCAGCCUGCCACAAUCCUGGUUUUUUUUUCCUUUGUCGUCCCAUUCAAUAGAGAGACAACACAAAUGGUAACAGAUGGCGUGCCAAAUCCGACGCUUGGGGUCGAUUCUUAUAUUUUGAGAGUUAUAUAUCCACCUAUCUACUAAAUUCACCUCCGAUAGCUCUCUCGCUUCACUACCAUUCACUUCAUCUCGGUCUGUUUCAUUCUAGAAGACAUUUGUUAUCGUUCAACUUUGUUCGUGGAUCGGGAACACUAUUGGCUAUCAAAGGCGCUUCCUUUGAGUUUCAUGAUUAGAGAGGGAGAGGGAGGAGUUGAGGCUUGUUAUCUGAAAGAUGAGGUUUAUCCUUCUUUGAACGAAUCAAAGUGGUGAGGAUUUGAAUAGGAAAAACUGGCGCUUGGAUUGAAAUUUCUGGGCUUGGAUUGGUUUUAUAGAAGGAGAUGUGGGUCGGAUGGAAUCUAUUUGGGCUUCAGCUGCACAGAGUAGCAUUUGGUUUCCUGACCUUUCAGCUGCACUUUCAUGUAUCCUUCUUACUAAAUCCCGAAGGGUUUUCGCUAAUGACGUUUCGAUCUAAAGUGGAUAGUGAUCCAUUUGAAGCCUUACAGAACUGGGAUCCUAGAGAUGAUGAUCCAUGCAAAUGGAAUGGUAUCCAAUGUGUUGAUGGCAGAGUUGAGAUUUUGAACCUUAAAGGGCUGAAAUUAGGAGGGACAUUGACACCAGAGAUUGAAAAACUUGGUCACUUGAAAGCACUUGUGCUAUCUGCUAACAAAUUUACUGGAGCAAUUCCUAAGGAGUUUGGACGGCUUUUAAUGCUGGAGUUCUUGGAUUUGAGGAGUAAUAAUUUGAGCGGUUCAAUUCCAUUGAAGAUUGGAGAUUUACCAUCACUGAAGUGCCUUUUGCUUUGUGAAAACAAAUUUGAAGGUGGCACUCAUUCUGGGAUGGAGAAGUCUGACAUGAUUUUCCAAUUAUCAAUAUUGAUCACAAACUCUCUGGAAGCACCAGCCUUUUUGGUGAAAAUUUUCUCCAGAAUUUACCAUGGGUCAAAGCUCAAAAACAAAUAUUCUCAUCGGCAUGGGGACAAAAUUGGAAACAACUUUUUAACAACAGCUACCUCAUAUAUAUCGCAAUCGGUGCAUGAUUUACAUAUGGUUCGACAUCAUCUGCCUCAAGAAGCAAAGAAUCUACCUUCUGCUCCUUCUGCUCUGGCAAGUAGUGCCCCUCCACGUACUGUUUCUGUUCCAUCUCAUGGAAGUGGCUUUUUUGCGGCAAUACUAAAUCCAAAUGGAACUCAUAGUAGAAGACCUAAACCAUCAGUUGAUCCUUCCUCAGUUCCUGUUCAACCUGAUAAAUUGGUGAAGAAAGGAAAUAAAUCUGCUACUGCUAGUAAACGCUGGCCAAAAUGGAUUUUUUCAGUGGUGAUCCCAAUAACCGCCUUAAUUCUUCUUAUAAUUAUGGCGUUGGUUGUGGUUUAUCGAAGAAAUGCAACUACAAUACAUACUUGGAGGACUGGGCUAAGUGGUCCACUACGAAAUGCACUUAUAACAGGCCUACCAAAGCUAAACCGAGCAGAGCUAGAAGCUGCUUGCGAGGAUUUUAGCAACAUCAUCAUCAGUUAUCCAAAUUGCACAGUGUUUAAGGGGAUAUUGUCAAGUGGAGUUGAAAUAGCAGUGGCUUCUACAAAAGCUACAUCUCUAUUUGAUUGGUCUGAAAGAUCAGAAUCUCAAUUCAGAAAUAAGAUGGACACAAUCUCAAAAAUAAAUCACAAGAAUUUUGUCAACCUUCUCGGUUAUUGCCAGGAAGAUGAUCCUUUUAUGAGGAUGAUGGUGUUUGAGUACACAUCAAAUGGGACACUUUUUGAGCACCUUCAUGUGAAAGAGUUUGGGCAUCUAGACUGGAGCACCAGAAUGAGGAUUAUAAUGGGCGUUGCUUACUGUCUUCAACAUAUGCAUGAUCUCAAGCCAGCAGUAGUGCACCCUAUUCUGCAGUCCAGUUGUAUUUUCAUAACUGCUGAUUAUGCUGCAAAGAUAGCCGACCUCAGCAUCUUUAGUGAGCCAAUUGGAAAAGGAAAUAAUAACAAAGAAAGUUCGACGGCGGCGACGACCACUCAUCCUGAGAGCAAUGUUUAUAGCUUUGGAAUUCUAUUACUGGAAAUCAUUUCAGGAAGAAUGCCAGUCUCUGAAGAUGAUGGCCUACCUAUCUCAGACUGGGCUAAGGAACACCUCAAGGAUGAGAAAAGUAUUGUGUCUCUGGUUGAUCCUUCACUGAUGUCAAAAAAAGACAAUGAGCUACAGAUCAUUUGUAAGGUAGCUGAAGCUUGUAUCCAUGAGGAUCCCAAGAGCAGACCAACAAUGAAAGAAGUCUCUGGUUCACUCAGAGAAGUCAUCGGAAUCGACCCCGAAGCGGCGAUGCCGAGGCUCUCUCCACUCUGGUGGGCUGAACUGGAGAUCCUUUCAGUUGAAGCUAGUUAAACUAAAUGGAUUAUUCUGCUCAUGGAGUGAAGCUCUGAAAGAAGAAGAAGAAGAAGAAGAAGAAGAGGAGAAAGAAGAAGAGUAUUUAGAUGUUGUAAAUUGCAACCAUGUUCAUUUUGCAAGUGGAUGUAUGGGUUGAAGUUAUUAAUUUUUUUUUUCUUCAGUCUGUUUGAAGUUACAUUUAUGAUUCAUAAUUUAAAUAUGUAAUUUGAGAUUUGUUAUUGACAUUUAUGCAGAUAUGUGUAUUGUUGCCAUCAUCAUCA